UCUUUUUGCAGAGAGAGAGAGAAAGGAGAAGAUUAUUAGGGAGGGAGAGCGAAUACGGCGAGGAGAAGUUAUCGGCAGCCAGCUGACUGUCUUGGAAAUCUCAAAGGGCAACAACCUGUAUGUCGGACUGAUUUCUGGUUUCUCUCCAUUUCCAGCAGCCGCCGUCUAACCGCUGCCUCUGAUGGGAUUUGACAGCCUCUGGGAUUCACACGUCCAAAGUCUUUAUUAAGCCAUCCGGCUGUAAGCAGAUGACUGAACCUGAGUGGAUUACAUACCCUCUACAGGAAAUGCUCUGCUGUCUGCCACGCACAAGCAUCCUUUAUUCCGUCGACAGCGCAGAGAGCCGGACACUGCGGUGAGUCAAGGACAUAAAGGGAAUGAUCACAGCACAACGGAGACAAGCUUGCACCGGGACAGGUACUGUCUGACGGAGGCCACACUCUGAGGUGGAGGAGGCUGUAAAGAGGCCCAGAAGGUGCCUCCCACCCUCCCUACCUUAUCAACCGUACACAUUGGAGAAUUAUGGCUCCUCGGAAGCGCGGCGGGGGUGGACGCAGUGGCCUGUCCUUCAUCACAUGCUGUUUCCAUGGCAGCGAUCACCCAGAGAUCACCUACAAGCUCCGGGAGGACUUUGCUCUGCAGGUCAUGGAGCCGGCGCUGCCGAUGCCGGGAUAUGAUGAGCUGGAUGGCAUGUUCGCCGAGUUGGUGGAUGAGCUCGAUCUGACAGAGAAGCACAGAGAAGCCAUGUUCGCGCUGCCUGCAGAGAAGAAAUGGCAAAUCUACUGCAGCAAGAAGAGGGAGCAAGAAGAAAACCAGAGUGCAACCAGCUGGCCGGAAUACUACAUAGACCAGCUCAAUUCAAUGGCAGCUAGAAAAACACUUCUUGCUCUGGAGAAGGAAGACGAGGAAGAGAGGAACAAAACCAUAGAGAGUCUGAAGACUGCACUGAGGACACAACCUAUGAGGUUUGUGACACGUUUCAUUGAUGUGGACGGCCUAACCUGCAUCCUGAACUUCCUCAAGAGCAUGGACUACGAAACCACAGAGUCGCAGAUCCACACGUCGCUCAUCGGCUGCGUCAAGGCUCUGAUGAACAACUCGCAGGGCCGCGCCCACGUCCUCUCUCACUCCGAGAGCAUCAACAUCAUCGCCCAGAGCCUGGCCACAGAGAACAUCAAGACUAAAGUCGCCGUGCUGGAGAUCAUGGGUGCUGUGUGCCUGGUACCUGGCGGGCAUAAGAAAAUCCUGCAGGCCAUGCUGCAUUACCAACGCUUUGCCAGCGAGAGGACUCGCUUCCAGACACUCAUAAAUGAUCUGGAUCGGAGUACGGGCCGCUACAGGGACGAGGUCAACCUGAAGACAGCCAUCAUGUCUUUUAUUAAUGCUGUGCUGAGUCAAGGGGCAGGAGAGGAGAGUUUGGAAUUCCGUAUCCACCUCCGAUAUGAGUUUCUCAUGCUGGGGAUCCAGCCUGUCAUCGAUAAACUACGUUCUCAUGAAAACUCUACAUUAGACAGGCAUUUAGACUACUUUGAGAUGCUGCGGAACGAGGAUGAGCUGGCUUUGUCAAAACGUUUCGAGUCGGUGCACAUAGAUACCAAAAGUGCCAACCAAGUUUUUGACCUCAUCCGUAAGAAGAUGAGCCACACUGACGCCUACCCGCACUUUAUGUCGGUGCUGCACCACUGUCUCCUCAUGCCUCACAAGAGGAGCGGUAACACGGUGCAGUACUGGCUGCUGUUGGACCGAAUUGUCCAACAACUGGUUUUGCAGAACGACAAAGCUCAUGACCCUGAUGUGGCACCACUAGAGAAUUUUAACGUCAAAAACGUCGUCCGGAUGUUGGUCAAUGAAAAUGAGGUCAAACAAUGGAAAGAGCAGGCAGAGAAAAUGAGAAAAGAACACCAUGACCUGCAGCAGAAGUUUGAAAAGAAGGAACGCGAGUGUGACGCCAAGACGCAGGAGAAAGAGGACAUGAUGCAGACGCUCAACAAGAUGAAGGAGAAGCUGGAGAAGGAGAGCACCGAGCACAAGAACGUCAAACAGCAAGUGGCCGAACUCACCGCCCGCCUGCACGAGCUCAGCACUAGACAGGCCGCUGUUGUUCCCGGAGGCCCGCCCCUCGUCCCUGGCCCCCCCGGUGGUCCUCUGCCUCCUCCUCCUCCCAUGCCAGCAGUUGCAGGUCUGUGCCCGCCCCCGCCUGCUGGCAUGAUGCCCCCUCCUCCUCCUCCACCUCCCCCUGGCGGCCCCCCACCUCCUCUUGGACGCCCACUGAUGGGAGGGAUCCCUCCACCGCCGGGAGCACCUCUGGAACCGUCUAUGAAAAAGAAAUCCCUUCCUCAGCCAUCCAACCCGCUCAAGUCCUUCAACUGGUCCAAGUUAGCUGAGAAUAAAUUGGAAGGAACGGUUUGGAUGGAGGUGGAUGACGUCAAGGUUUUCAAAAUCCUGGAUCUGGAAGACAUCGAAAAGACAUUCUCAGCCUAUCAGAGACAGCAGGACUUCUUUACGAUCAAUAACAGCAAACAGAAAGAAGCCGAGGACGACUCACUGAGCUCUAAAAAAGUGAAGGAGCUUUCAGUCAUCGACGGCCGGAGAGCUCAAAACUGCAACAUCCUCCUGUCGCGGCUGAAGCUUUCAAACGAGGAGAUUAAGAGAGCCAUUCUUACGAUGGACGAACAGGAGGACCUGCCUAAAGACAUGCUGGAGCAGCUGUUGAAGUUUGUCCCCGAGAAGAGCGACGUGGAUCUUCUGGAGGAGCACAAACAUGAGCUGGACAGAAUGGCGAAAGCUGAUCGUUUUCUCUAUGAAAUGAGCAGAAUAAACCACUACCAGCAGCGGCUGCAGUCUUUGUAUUUCAAGAAGAAGUUUGCAGAGAGGAUCACUGAGAUCAAACCCAAAGUGGAAGCUCUGACGAAGGCGUCCAAAGAGGUUUUGAACAGCAGGAACCUGAAGCAGCUGCUGGAGGUGGUGCUGGCGUUUGGGAACUACAUGAACAAAGGUCAGAGGGGAAACGCGUACGGCUUCAAGGUGUCAUCGCUCAACAAGAUCGCAGACACAAAGUCCAGCAUUGACAAAAACGUCACGCUGCUGCACUACUUGAUCACCGUCCUGGAAAGGAAGUACCCCAAAGUCCUGAUGUUCCAGCAAGACCUGCAGUGUGUCCCAGAGGCCGCCAAAGUCAACAUGACGGAGCUGGAGAAGGAUAUUGGGAACCUACGCAGCGGCUUGAAAAACGUCGAGACAGAGCUCGACUACCAGAAGAAGCGACCCCAGGAAGUUGGUGACAAGUUUGUGUCGGUGGUGAGUCAGUUCAUCACCGUGGCCAGCUUCAGCUUCUCCGACGUGGAGGACUCCCUCACCGAGGCCAAAGAACUGUUCCUGAAGGCAGUCAGCCACUUCGGAGAAGACGCCAGCAAGAUGCAGCCCGACGAAUUCUUCGGCAUCUUUGACCAGUUCCUCCAGUCGUUCACCGAGGCCCAGCAGGAGAACGAGAACAUCCGGAAACGCAAGGAAGAGGAGGAGCGCAGGGCCAAAUUAGAAGCUCAGCUGAAGGAGCAGAGGGACAAGGAGCGAAAGGCACGGAAAGCUAAGGCAAAUGGCGAGGACGACGGCGGCGAGUUUGACGACUUGGUGUCGGCCCUUCGAUCGGGCGAGGUCUUCGACAAGGACCUGUCCAAGAUGAAACGCAACCGCAAGCGCAUCAACAACCAAAACACGGACUCCAGCAGAGAGCGACCGGUCACAAAGCUCAACUUCUAAAACUUUCUUCUACGUCAGCCAUGCUUCCUCUUCAUGAUGUCGUACAUUCCACAGCGCCCUCCUCCACAGCACAUUUACAUCCUCUGGGUUUGAUAUUGAAGUGGAAGCCAAAAGAGGUCUGUAGCCAACCACAUCAGACUGUCCUCACUGGGGCAGCAGGUCAUUCCUCCUCACAGACUGAAAGCUAUUUUCUUCCAAGUGCAUGACCAGAAAUGUGACGUUUUCUUUUGAUGGCGUGGGGCGGGCGGAUGACAUCAGGAUCUAUGCACAGCCUGAAACGUGCGGCUCCUUGACUUAUCCAGGGCUUGAUGCUCAACACACACAGGAAAUUAGCUUGUUGUUGGGUCUGUUGUUUUUUUUAUUGGCCCAUUUACCAAGGAAUGAUGUCAUAGACUAAAAUGAGACACUUUGACAUUUCAGGAGUAAGACAGAUUCUGGACCCCUCACUGAUGUUCUCUUGCUGGGCUAAGACAUCGUUGAUAUUCCUGUUAAGAGCUGGCCUUAACACUGUAGAUAUUUCUGGUGGACUGGGUCUUCUUGGCAAAAUCUGCUAUUUCCUAACACAUGUUGAUUCAUCACGUCUAUAUAUAAGGUUGUGUGUUUAUUACACGCACACAUAAUAAUGGCUAUAAGUGUCAUUUAUCCCAGUCAAGGUAAUAACCCUUCCUCCAAAUAAUUUUAUGGCUACCUGACAUGUUUCCCAGGCACUGGCUGGAUUUUAAACUCAGACAGCCCAACCGUUAAACCCACAUGACGUUUUUGGACAUAGUUGAAAACGGCACACGUGGGCCUGUGAUUUAAACUUUGUAGAAAAUCUGUCCAGUGUCACCAACCUCAUUUAAACCUCGACUUUCACUGUACAAUGACCUGAGAAAAAAUAAAACUGAGACAUUUAA